GCUCACAUGCCCGGAUAUGGAACAAUAUGAUGGAUGACCGCUAUCGUACAGUUUCCAUCUCCCAGGAGCGACAGAGGCAAGUCCUUGUCUUUCAUUGCAAUUUCCUUUUAGCCUUUCAUGAUAUAAAGAUCAGUCGCUCCAUGCGUCGUAGAAUACGUGGUCAUUGCUGGUGAACUCGCCAUCUGUCUUGUUAUCGUCAUGGCUGCUCUUUCGGUUCUUCUCUUAGCACUCACUACUUCGGUCACCGCUCAAAUUGCGGGGACACAAACGCCUGAGACUCAUCCGUCUAUGAACUGGCAAGAAUGCACGGCUCCAGGCUCAUGUUCUGCCAAGGCUGGAAAGGUCGUUCUCGACUCCAACUGGCGUUGGCUGCAUCAGAAAGGGGGCACUACGAAUUGUUAUGAUGGCAAUACGUGGUCUUGCGCGAGCAAUUCAGCCUGUACCUCCGACUGUGAAAUAGAAGGAGCGGACUAUUCCGGAACAUAUGGCGUCACCGCCGGAGGAAACUCCCUGACCCUAAAAUACGUCACGAAGGGACAGUACUCGACCAAUAUCGGAUCGCGGAUGUACAUGAUGGAAGACGACAACAAAUAUCAGAUAUACAAGCUUCUUGACAAGGAAUUCACGUUCGAUGUGGAUCUUUCGCAAAUUCCAUGCGGGCUUAAUUCUGCUCUAUACUUUGUGUCUAUGGAUGCUGAUGGAGGCGUGUCGCAAUAUAAGGGCAAUACCGCGGGUCCAAAGUAUGGAACCGGAUAUUGCGAUGCGCAAUGCCCACGGGACCUGAAGUUUAUUGGAGGCGAAGCCAAUGCGGAGGGCUGGACACCGUCCGACACCGACAAGAAUGCCGGCGCCGGCGGCAAGGGAGCCUGCUGCGCGGAAAUGGAUGUAUGGGAGGCCAACAGCGUCUCCACUGCCGUCACGCCUCAUUCCUGCCAAACGGAAGCCUACAGUAUAUGCGAGGGCGACGAUUGCGGUGGGACAUACUCCUCCACACGAUACGCCGGAAUAUGCGAUCCAGAUGGCUGCGACUUCAACUCCUUCCGGAUGGGUGACAAGAGUUUCUAUGGAAAAGGAAAGACCGUCGAUACCAGCGGCAAGAUCACCGUGGUUACCCAGUUCCUCACCGGGGGGAGCGGGACGCUCAGCGAAAUCAAGCGAUUUUACGUCAUCAACGGCAAAGUCAUCCCGAAUUCCGAAUCGAAGAUCCUGGGAGUCACUGGAAACUCGCUCAAUGAACAGUUCUGCACCGCACAAAAAUCCGUCUUUGGAGAUCAAGACAUCUGGAAGGAGAGGGGUGGGUGGGCAUCCAUGUCACGGGCCAUGGAGAAAGGGAUGGUUCUCGUCAUGUCCUUAUGGGGUGACCAUUACGCGAACAUGCUGUGGCUCGACUCCAACUUCCCGACUGAAAAGGACUCCAGUCAACCGGGCAUUGCUAGAGGCGAGUGCCCCACCAGCUCGGGCAAGCCGGACGAGCUCGAGACGAGCGCCGCGAAUGCGCAAGUCACCUUCUCGAACAUCAAAUUUGGGGCAAUAAACUCGACCUUUGCGGCAGGCACCUAUUAAACCAAAGCCGCGGGUACUGGCCAAUCUAGGGCUUGCACAUGAAUAUUAGCGCUUCAUUGGACCAUCUCUCAUAUUACCAGGUCGGAAUGGAUUGUCCGGCUGCAAAAGUUUACUCUAUCAGUG